AUCUCAUCACCCAGUUUUUAUUUUUCUGUCAGAAACUAAAAAACCAAAUGCUUUUGUUAAAACCAUCUGUAAAAAAUUAGGCUUUGAGGAUCGAUUUUCCUUGGUGGAUCCUCAAGGUCAAGGGGGAGGUCUCUUAUUAUUAUGGGAACCAUCUGUCUCAAUUCUUCACAUUCAGUCUACUUCUUUUUACAUUGCUAUCCACUUCCAACUAGCAAAUUCUGAACCUCAAUGGGGAAUAUUUGUGUAUCUCAGUACCAACAAAUCUGUUAGGAUAUCUCAGUGGGCUGAUCUUGAAGCUGCAAAGACUGGUUGGGGAGACUUAUGGUUUGUAUCUGGAGAUUGGAAUGAUCUCUGUUCCAAUGUGGAGAAAGAGGGAGGUAAUCCUAGACCCUAUGGCAGCUUCUUGGGCUUUAACUCUUUCAUCAAAAACAUGGAUAUGGAGGAAAUUAAAAUGCUGGGACAUCAGUUUACUUGGUGUAACAACAGAACAACUGAAGGCCUAGUAGAGGAAAGGCUAGACAGAGCUUUUGGCUCCCUGGAUUGGCAUCAAGCAUUUCCUAAUGCCACAGUUUUGAACAAAGCUACUAGUUCCUCUGAUCACUCUAUUCUCUUGGUGGAUGCUGGCUCUCAAAAAGACAGAAAACCAAAAAGAUUUCAUUUUGACAAACGUUGGGUGGGCAAGGAAGGAUUCUUGGAGGUAGUGUCUGCUGCUUGGAGGAUUCCAGUUUCAGGCACCCCCUUUUUUAAACUCAAAGAGAAAGUCAAAAACACCAGAACUGCACUCUUAAUCUGGAGCUCCAAAUUUCAUACUCAAAAUCAGCUUAUCAUAGCAUCUCUCACUCAGAAGCUGGAAGAUCUGAGAGCACAGAACAUAGCCAACAACUGGGAUGACUGGAACAACACCAGAAUUGAUCUUCAAAAGGCCCAUCACCAAGAAGAGCUUUACUGGAACCAGAAGGUGAGAUUGAAUUGGCUCAAACAUGGAGAUUCUAACUCCAAUUUUUUUCAUGCCUACACAUUACAGAGAAGGAGGAAGAAUGCAAUAUCCAGACUAGUGUCUUCCAGAGGUGAAGAGCUCACAUCCCAGUCUGCAAUUCAAUCCCACAUCUCUGAUUUUUACUCUAAUCUGUUCUGCUCUGAAGGCUCCUGGGGAGGUGACUCAGUACUUCAUCUGAUCCCUAGAUCAAUCACCUCUGAUAUGAAUACUUCUCUUAUGCUACCAGUCGAGGAAGAAGAAGUGAAAACUGCUCUUUUCAGUCUUCCCCCAGAUAAGUCUCCAGGUGAAGAAGGUAUGAGUGCCUUCUUUUAUCAACAUCUCUG